AUGUCACAAGAUAGCUCCAUUUCGCAAUCGAGCGUCUUGACGGCCUCCCCAGCCCACGAUGAGAUUCUCUACUUUGCCUAUGGCCCCACCAUGUCUUCCGCCGCCAUGCUACACCACUGCCCGGGUGCCGUACCAGUCGCCCUAGCCUACCUCCCCGGCUGGCGGUGGUUCGUCAAUCCCCGCAGCCAGGCCAGCAUCGCGCCGCUCCUUCCUUCCGCCCUCGACACCUACCACGCCACUCGCACGGCCGCCACCUCUUCCUCGCCAUACUCUUCUUCUUCCUCGAGAACGUCCGGAUCUGACUCGUCCGCUGCCGCGGCAGCAGCGGCGGCAGCGGCACAAAAGGAGAUUCUGCAGGGCGAAGAUGGCGUGUACGGCGUCCUGUACCUCCUCCCCGAGCGUGAUGAAGCUGCCUUGGAUAUCAUCGAGGGCGUGGGUGAGGGCUUUGACAAGGCCGUUUUAGAAGUAGAAAUCGCGACGCCGACGCCACCAAACUCCGAUGCGGGACGGACCGGAUACGCGAGCGGCGAGGCCGGCACGGGGCGGCGGCAGCGGCCUGCGGCCGGGUUCGUGGGGUGGAUGAACCGCGGUAUCCGGGAGGCGGUCAGGGAUUGGGGCAUGCCCGGGUGGUACGUUGACGGCGUGCUGCGGAGAUAUGUGCCCGAGGAAGGUGACGAGGAUGAGGGUGUAGGGAUGGAGACAUGA